AUGGGGGAUACCACAAGACGCUUAAACGCGUUGCUUUUGCUGAUUUUCAUCGUCACCGCGACGCAAGGCGCCGCAGCGUUGGGCGAGCUACCGAAUACGCCCUGCGAGGGCGACUCCAGCCAAUCCGCGCACUUCUGGUGGCCACGUGUCGUCCGCGGCCGAAGCGCUCUUGACACGGAAGAUGCAGGGAGCGACGUUUUUGCGGCGAUAGAGACACCAGCCGUGCCUCGGAAGCUCGGCGCGCAAUGGGCAGCGCCGUCCGCCGGCCCCACUUUUGCGGAAGUUCUCGCUGCCUCUGUCGCUACCCCUGGCAGCGCAGAUCCCGCUGGGGCAGUUACCGCCACGCCUCUCCCUGCUGCUUCUGCCACUGCUGCCGCGCCUGCUGCUUCCCGGCCCGUCGUUUCCUCUAAAGCAGCUCCUACCGCUCCCGUAAAGACUCCCACCGGAAAAUCCUCUCCUGAUGGACUCGCAAAGGGGAAACCAGCCAGUGAUGGCGCAGCCGCCGCCGCUCCCGCGUCCUUACCAGCGCCGAAGCAGGGUGGUCCCACGCCGAAGCAGGGUGGUCCCACGCCGAAGCAGGGUGGUCUAACGCCGAAGCAGAGUGGUCCCACGCCGAAGCAGAGUGGUCCCACGCCGAAGCAGAGUGGUCCCUCACUGAAGCAGAGUGGCUCGGUGCCGAAGCUGCACCCGAUUCCCAAAACGGACGCACCUGGCCCGAAGCAGACUCUGAGUCAGCCAAAGCCAGCUACCUUCCCACCUAAUUCCGAGACGACCCAUCCUAAGCCCGGUGCUCUUCCCCUCAAUACCGCACCUUCAGCAAAACCACUCCCGCCGCUGGCAACGACCAAGGCCGUCAAUUCAACUGGUGCAGCCGGGAAUACUACCACGCCGGCAGGAAAUAGCACCGGGCCGGCCGGGAAUUCUACCGACACUCCGGGUACGCCUUCAUAUGCCGUGGGAUCACGUGACUGCCAGUACCAGCAGGUCAAGCAGCUCCACUUGUGUGCUCUUGGAUUCGCGCAGUCUGCCGGGAUCCGCGGCGGCCAGUGGCCGACAUCCUCCUUGUACGAAGUUGACACGGAAGAUGACACGGUGGUGAAUGGGAGACCCGUGGAGAAGUCGUUACGGUACGCGCUGAUGAACUUCCCCGACGGAGUGAUCAUCACGUUUUCGCGAAGCAUGGAGAUCGUGCUGCAGAGUAACCUGUUUUUGCGUUCGCGCGUUACGAUCGACGGGCGCGGCGUGCACGUGCGCAUCACCAAUGGCAGCAUCGUCCUGCAGAACGUGAAUGACGUCAUCAUUCACAACAUCGAAGUAUCGGGUAACCCUCGCGGCGAUUUGAUUCCCAUCUACAACAGCAGCCGCGUGUGGAUCGACCACUGCCGCCUGCAGGACGCCCUCACGGGCACGGUCGACGUGGCAAGGGGCUCCACUGACGUCACCAUCUCGAACUGCUACAUCAGCAGCCGCGGGCAGACGAUGCAGCUCGGCUUGUCUGACACAGAAGACGCGGACAAGAAUAUGCGAGUCACCAUCUACCGCAACUGGUUCAACACGUCCGGCUCCAUGCAACCGCUCUGCCGCAAGGGCCGCUGCCACGUGGCAAACAACCUCUACACCCACUGGUCCUACUACUGCCUCGCCGCGCGCCGCGGCGCGCAGAUCCGGUCAGAGAAGAACUUUUUCCGGCCGGCGCCGGGGUCCGCGCGACUGGAGGUGACGCCGUGGUAUAGAGGAAUGCCGGCCACAGAUGUUUGGUCCGACGCGACCGUUACUAUCGCGUCGUUCCAAGACUACUUGGCUGGAGGCGCGACGUUUAAUAAGACGGCGUAUGCCGGCCCCACUCCGAUCUUCACGCCGCCCUACACGCUGACGCUGCCGCGGAACCCGCGUCAGAUGGCGGGUAUUUUGAGAAUCAACUGCGGUCCCAAGUAUGACGUCGAUUCCGCACUGCCCCCUGCUUCGGGACAGUUCCUUCCGCCUGCCCCGCCGACCCCAUCCCCCACCACUCCUCCUGCGACAGCGAACACUACUGCUACUGGUAACAGCACUACUGCUGGUAACAGCACUACUGGUGGUAACAGCACCGUUACAGCACCGUCGCCUCCGAGUUCGAACGACUGCCAGUAUUCCACCGCGGGUGCCGGAAUCGCCCUUGGGAGUUGCGCGAUGGGUUUCGCCGCUCCGGGUUUGGUUGGUGGCGCUGGAAAAUCCACAUACGUGGUCACUCUAGAGGAGGAUUCGACAUCCGAUACAAGACAGGGUUCGCUUCGGUGGGGCAUUUCGAAUUUCUACAAAACUGGCGCUGUUAUUACUUUCGCACGGGAUAUGACAAUUCAACUAAUGGCGCCGCUAUAUGUGAAAUCGUUCAUGACUCUGGAUGGGCGAGGGGCCAACGUGAAAAUUGUGGGAGACAGUCUGCUGGUGCAACACUCAACGCAAGUCAUCAUUCAUAACAUUGAAUUUUCCAGCAGCAGAACGUCCCCUGCAACCAUCUCUCUUUACAACACCAGCAGCACUUGGAUCGACCACUGCCGCUUCUCCAACCUCUCAGCCACCCUCCCUGCUAUCGAGCUCGCCCGUAACAGCACCGCGGUUACCAUCUCAAACAACCUCUUCUCUGGCACGCUCGGCACGCAAACCGUCACUGCCUCGGCAAGCCCAGGCUCGGGGACAGGCUCGGCACUCCACCUGGGCCAAUCCGACAGCGACGGGAUUAACCGCGAUAUGAACGUCACCGUCUACAGGAACUGGUUUCAGUCUUUAUCUGCGAUGCAGCCAAUAUGCAGACUAGGCAAGUGCCACGUGGCAAAUAAUCUCUACACCAACUGGACUGGGAGCGCAGUGGAAGCCAGGGCGGCUGCUCAGGUGUUGCUACAGAGCAACCUCUUUAUAAGCGGACCUGAUUCAGUACAAGUGGUGGCGAACACCACAUCUGUCCCUCCUGGCAUAGUUGCGGAAGCAGGUAGCAACACCACCAACACCACCAACGUUAUCAAGCCUGCACCUGGGGCAGCGGCAGAUGCAAGUGCGACAGCUACAGCUGGGGCAGCUGCAGGUGCAGCUGGGGCAGGUGCAACUGGGGCAGGUGCAGGUGCAGCUGGGGCAGGUGCAACUGCAGCUGCUGCUGGCACUGUAACCAUGGGCCCUACAGUGAACGCCACUCAGGUGUUCACUCCACCAUACGACCUGCCUUUGGGGGACCCCAACGCUCUUCUCUACGCUAUCUUCAUGAAACUGAAUGCCGGUCCCCAUGCCAACUGA